AUGCAGGGAGCCGCUGUCAAGAUUGUCAGAGUUUCUGUCCUCCUGCUGGUGCUUUGGUCAGACCCCCUGAACUGCCAACACACUACAGACCACAGGAAGGUUACUCAGAGGGCAGAGCCCCAACAGGAGUUCAGGGCAGAGCAUGGAGAAAUCCAGGGCUCAUGGGGCGCCUGGGGACCCUGGUCAACCUGCUCCCGGACCUGUGGAAGAGGGGUUCAAGAGCAGAGCAGGCCCUGCCUGCCUGUUUACACACAAUCCCAUUACCCCUCCAGAAGAGCUGAUGUUCACCCUCAGCAACCAGACCAUGUCAUUUCAGCCCUGCGGCCAACAGUUCCUCUGCACCGCGACACAGCCAAGUCCUACAACAGCAGUAAUCGUGGAGAGCUGAGGGAUGAGAAACAAACCCGGCCUGGAGGACGCAGGAGGGUCACUCAGAUCAUCCCGGGGAGGUAUGGCUACGGGAGAGCUCCUUAUGUUGCUCCAUUGCAGACGGAUACAGGUCAGGGCGUUGGGACGGCUCGCCCCCACAGACAGAGACGCUCUGCUGCGGCAGAUGCCCACCACGCACCCGCUAGAAGCCACAGUGGCCACAGGUCAAACAACUUGGACGCCUCCACCAACGUCCAUCGCUAUAGCAGACCCUACGUGCAGCCUAGGGCACAGAAGCCCAAAAAUAACCAAGUCUGGGCCCCCCUCUACCAGCCUGGUUCGGCUAACCAGGCCCAGGUCCAGCAGGAAGUACAAUCAGGCAGCCAGAUGUAUGGACCCCAGCAGCACCAAGAGAGGCCCUACGACCCCCUGCCUAGUUCCUCCUGCACAGGGGAGCAUGCUCACUACAGGAUCUGCAACAGUAAUACCUGUCCUCCAUCCAGCAGACACAUCAGGGCUGUUCAGUGUUCUUCAUACAACAACCAGCCUUUCAUGGGCAGACUGUACGAGUGGGAACCUUUCAAUGAGGACCAGCAACAGUGA